ACAGACACAACAAACAAACAAACAUCAAUCAUGGCGGACAAAUUUGAGGAAGAUGCGAUAAUGAAGCAACGACAACAACUUCAUAUGACUGUUUUCUCUCAGUGUUUCUCACCAUGCGGUAAAUUUCUUGUCACUGGAAACAAUUUUGGAAGAAUAGCAGUUUUCAGUUUAGUGUCAGCACUGAGUCCAGAUAUCAUAGAAGACUGUAGAAAACCAAUAUUGUCAUUCCAAGGCAGCAGUAGUGCAAUAUAUUCACUAAUAGCAACUGACAAGUUUCUCAUAUGUGGUGGAGAGGGAGAUAUUAAUGCAUGGAAUUGGUCAGACAUAUACAAAAAGACACCUAAAGUAGCGUGGUCGUUAUCAGUGCCUGUCGAUGGUUACUUCAACCAUCCAGAAACCAAUUGCUUGUCGUAUCAAGAAAAGGACAAUCUUCUGUAUUCUGGUUGUGGUGAUAGUAAUGUGUAUGUAUGGGAUUUGGAAUCUGGAACUAGGAAGAACACUCUCAAAGGCCACAAAGAUUAUAUUCAUUGUUUAACAAGUCGAUAUAAUGGGCAGGAAUUGAUGUCUGGGUCUGAAGAUGGCUCUGUCAGGGUGUGGGAUACACGGACUUCAAGUGAAGCUGUCCAUGUCAUUGAACCUUUCAAACAUCAAGAGUGUAGCAGACCUAACCAAGGCAAAUGGAUUGGAUGUAUUGCUGUAGACUCAUCAGAUGAUUGGAUGGUAUGCGGUGGUGGACCAACGUUAACAUCCUGGCACAUGAGAUCUCUGACACCAACUGUAGUAUUCCCAACACCAAACAUCUGUCAAAAACAUGUCAUGUUCCAUGAAGACACAAUUAUAUCAGGAGGUACAUGUUCCAAUGUUUAUCAUUGGACUAUUAAUGGUGACAUGAAAUCGUGCGUUCCUUGUACGCCUACUAGCGUCUAUAGUAUAGCAAUCAAUACACACUCUGAAAAUAAUCGGGUACUGAGUACAUGUGGUAGUGGAUACAAAGUGGACAUCUUCACAAACUUUGGAUACAGAGCAUUUUCACUUCUCUUCAGUUGAUAAAAUCAAUAGUGCCAUAUUGUAUGCUUCAUGAAUGACAGUGAAGCCAUUCCGUCAUAGUGUAAAAUUAAUGCUUUUAUUUAAUAAAACCGUAGUGGUUCACAGAACAUAAGGAGCAACAG